GUUGAGGGAGAUUUAUCCAAGUGUAUUUUGUAUUUUCUAAAUGCAUUUCAAGUCAAUGCAAAAUUAAUAUAAACUGGUUUGCAUCAAUAUUUUCGUUAUUCAAAGUAAAGGAAUAACAUCUAAAAGACAAAAAAUUUAAACGUAAACUUUUACGUGAUUUGCCAGAGGCCGAGUUCAUUGAACGAUUUUUUUGCAACGCGCAACCUGCCACAUGAAGCAAAAAAGAAUCAAAGUAUUAAGCAAAACAAAGUGAAACGACCUCGCACAACGUACCCGCGCAAAAAACGGACAGCGGCGAUAUAUACAAAUAAUAGAACACAUACGUAACUGCUACUAAAACGCGACCUCCAUUUGUGAUCGCUUCACAGAGCAGGAGAGCUGGUACGAAAAGGUCAAAACAACAAUACAAAACCAAAAACAACAGAACAUCCAACAUGGACGUUUGGGGCGUAUUUGUUGGCGACUCGGCACUGUCUUAUGGUGGUUCAGUCCGCAGCACUUACUACCGAGACUACGAACAAUUUCCCUAUGGCACACUGGAGCACAAUACCAGUCCAUAUGCUGCGAAGGACUCAUACAGUCGUGUCCAAGAAAAAUGCAAACAACUGAAGACGGAGCGACAACUACGUAAGGAGUGUCCCUUCUGUAAGGAGCACAAGAAGCGUCCACUUAUCAAUUACCUGCGCAAACGUGAGUCUCGCAAGCACCACGACAGCAUUUGUGAGGACGAGGAGGAGCUGCACGAGCACGAGCAGCUGCAUCAUCAGAUGCUGGCAUCUGUUGUGCCCACGCAGCAGAGCUGCAAAGUGUGAACGUGCGGGAGAGCAGGCAGUGGCGACGUCGGCAAGCAGUCCAAGCAGACCAAAACAAACAACCAAUAGACUGGCCCACAACAAUUUACAAUGCCAUAUAAAUAUACAUAGAAGAAAAGCAAAGAGCAACAAAUCUAUUGAAAAAUCAAACAAAAAA